AUGAGCGUGGACAGCUCGGAAGCGGACACGGCCAAAUUCCCACGCAUACAUGUGUUUGAUAGCGCACAGGGUAAAGCUGUACCCAGCGACCGUCUACAUCCCGAUAUCGUACUUGCGGCUACGGGGAGCUACGCCUACAUUGUGUCAACAAAACAGGCCUCACACAGAGAUGGGAUUGAGUGGAAAAUACUACGGCUACCCGACAGACGUGUUACUUCAUCUGUUCAUACCCUCAGUCGUCACCGGCUUCCCAGCAUCGUUCCACGACAGUCAUAA